AUGCGGAUUCGGGUGCGAUCGUUCGUCGUGGCGCUCCUCGGUGCCGUCACCAUCACCACCAACGCGCAACAAGACUAUCCCCAAUACGAUGACUACGCCGACGCCGAUUAUGGAUCCCCCGAUAAUCUUUACCACGACUAUGCCGCUCGGCAACAAGGCAAAGUUGCAGAAGGCGGUGGCGGCGGUAUAGGCAUGGGGAAAAUGGUGCUGGGUUCCGCGGUAUCCUGGAUGCUGGGAGCCAAAUUUCAUUCGGGUCGGGUAACCAAAAAGUUAAAGGCCAAGUUUCAAAAAGAGCAAAAACAGCUUUACAGUCAGUACUACAACGACGUGUAUAAACUUACUGAGCAAAACCAGGAACUCCAGUAUAUGGUGGAACAAUUGAAGGAAGCGCUGCAAUCGACCGAGAGCAAGCACGAACUGGAGGCCCUGCAACGCGAUUACGACGAAUUCAAGCAACCGGACAUUGACGGCGACGACCGCAUCAGUCGAGCAGAAUUCAAUAUGUACGUCAAGAACUAUCUCAGUAAUUACCCCGGCUUGUCGGAAAAGGAUUAUCCCAAAUUCGAAGAUUUCGACCACGACGGGGACGGCUUUGUGUCCUUCCAGGAGUACGCGCAACAAAUGGCCCUGCAAGCACAGCAAGCCGAACUAGAACAAAUGUACGGUGGUGGCAACGCAGCUUCCUCGCAAAAGGCCCAGGCCCUCAGUGAUAUGUACGGCAGCGCCAAACAGGGACAGAAUCUGAAAGACAAAGCCUACCGUUAACGACACAGAUUGUCCGCAUAUAAUACUAGCAUACCUCUCUUUUACGUUUC